GGCCCGCUCUGACCGGCAGCUGGGUCGCGGGGCGCCCUCACCGGGGGUCGGCGCGCUGACCGUCCGGCUGGCGAGGCCGAGGUGGCCAGGGUAGGGGACACACCUGGAGUCUGUGUCUCGGUCUUGGAACGGACACCACGAACUUCACGGGCGAGUAACUUGCUGUUGAGUAAAACUUCACCGCCUGGAGAUCGUGAGAGGCAGCAACAAAAAUGCUCAGCUUUUUCCGAAGAACGCUCGGGCGUCGGUCAAUGCGUAAACAUGCUGAGAAGGAGCGACUCCGAGAGGCCCAGCGAGCUGCCACACACAUCCCUGCAGCUGGAGAUGCUAAGUCCAUCAUCACGUGCCGGGUGUCCCUUCUAGAUGGUACUGAUGUCAGUGUGGACUUGCCGAAAAAAGCCAAAGGACAAGAACUGUUGGAUCAGAUUAUGUACCACCUGGACCUUAUUGAAAGCGACUAUUUUGGUCUGAGAUUUAUGGAUUCAGCACAAGUAGCACAUUGGUUGGAUAGUACAAAAAGCAUCAAAAAGCAAGUAAAAAUUGGUUCACCUUAUUGUCUGCAUCUUCGAGUUAAGUUUUAUUCCUCAGAACCAAAUAAUCUUCGUGAAGAGCUAACCCGGUAUUUAUUUGUCCUUCAGUUAAGACAAGAUAUUCUCAGUGGAAAAUUAGAAUGUCCUUUUGAUACAGCAGUGCAAUUGGCAGCCUAUAAUCUACAAGCUGAACUUGGAGAUUAUGAUCUUGCUGAACAUAGCCCUGAGCUUGUCUCUGAGUUCAGGUUUGUUCCCAUUCAGACUGAAGAGAUGGAACUGGCUAUUUUUGAAAAAUGGAAGGAAUACAGAGGUCAGACACCAGCACAAGCUGAAACCAAUUAUCUGAAUAAAGCCAAAUGGCUAGAAAUGUAUGGAGUUGAUAUGCACGUGGUCAAGGCUAGAGAUGGGAAUGACUAUAGUUUGGGACUAACUCCAACAGGAGUCCUUGUUUUUGAAGGAGAGACUAAAAUUGGCUUAUUUUUUUGGCCGAAGAUAACCAGAUUGGAUUUUAAGAAGAGUAAAUUAACCCUGGUGGUUGUAGAAGAUGAUGAUCAGGGCAAAGAACAAGAGCAUACAUUUGUCUUUAGACUGGAUCAUCCAAAAGCAUGCAAACAUUUGUGGAAAUGUGCUGUGGAGCAUCAUGCCUUUUUCCGUCUCCGAGGCCCUGUUCAAAAAAGUUCUCAUCGAUCAGGGUUUAUUCGACUAGGAUCACGAUUUAGAUACAGUGGGAAAACUGAGUAUCAGACCACAAAAACUAACAAAGCCAGAAGAUCUACAUCCUUUGAAAGAAGGCCCAGCAAACGAUAUUCUCGACGAACCCUCCAAAUGAAAGCAAGUACAACAAAACCUGAAGAACUUAGUGUUCAAAAUAAUGUUUCAACUCAGAAUAAUGGCCUCCAACAGGCUUGGGAUGUUCGACCCACUCAGCCUGUGAUUUCUUCCACAACCUCUGGGCCUGUGCUGGUGGAGAUAGAGAAUCUCCCGCGGAGUCAGCAUGAAACAGACCAGCAUGACAGGAAAUGCUCACCUCUGAAUAUUGAUAUGCUUGGUAGCCCAGACUUAAUGGAAACAGCCAUCAGUGAUGAAAUUGGGGCACCUGACAGUAUGGAAACAUCCCAGGCACCAGUCGAAGUUAAUGUAGCCACCAGGCAAACUGGAUUAGAGGAACCUGCAGUUGAAUGUGGGACACUGAAAGAUGCCUCAGAGAAACUCAAGCAACUUGAGACAGAGAGCAGUUCUUUGCCAUCCCCUCGAUCCAACAUCGAUGUUAACCUCAACAGUCAGGAGGAAGUGUUGAAGUUGACUGAGAAAUGUCUUAAUAAUGCCCUUGAAAGCCCAGGAUUAAAUGCCAUGAGAGUUCCUCCUGACUUCAAGAGUAACAUUUUGAAGGCUCAAGUAGAAGCAGUACAUAAGAUUACAAACGAAGAUAGCUCAUUAAGUCAUAAAAACGCCAGUGUUCAGGAUGCUGCCAUGAACAGUGUUGUGUUAAAUGAGAAUAACGCAUCCCUCUCCAAAGAAUGUCUUGGUCUGAUACAUACCACACCUGCAGACGAUGAUUCUGGUCUAAGGGAUGCUACAGAUGAAUUGGAGGCUCUGCUCUUAUCUCUAACUGAAAAUCUAAUUGAUCACACAAUCACACCUCAGGUCUCUUCAACAUCCAUGAUCACUCCCCGGUGGAUUGUGCCACAGAGCAGUGCCAUAGCUAAUGGACUCGCAGGAUAUGGAGCACCCUUGGCAGGGAAGGAGGGACAUGGUAAUGGAGAUGGACUCUCCCCUAUCUCUCCCCCAGCACCAUUCUUGGUAGAUGCUGUGACCAGCUCUGCUUCAACUUUGGCAGAAGAAGCUGUCUUGAAGCCCAAGUGUUUACUGACAACUGAGCUCUAAGGGACCGCCCCUACCACUUGUACCUGGAAUCGGAAUGCCAGCAUCUCCAGCAGUCCGUCCUGGAAUCCAUUUUCAGUUGAAUUGUGUUGGAUUCAGGAGCUUGUCUUUUACUUGUAGGUAAAAGAGCUUUACCUGGGUUUGACUUAAACUCUGUGAAAGAAAAUAGCCACAUUUUUCCGUCCAACUGGAAGGCUUAUUUACAGUGCAUAUCUACCCAAAUGAGGAUAUCUGGUCUUCUACUGUCUGUGUUUUUAUUGAAGUUGCAAAUUCCUGAAGCAAGGAAUUCACUUUCCCAGUGGCUUCCUUUACACUCUUGGCUCCCCCUAGUGGUUGUAAAGGUUCAUGACAACUAUGUAAGGAGGCCACCUCUGAUGAACAAUAGCCUUUUGAAUGCUGUUUUCUCUCUAGUAUGGGCCAGUGUCCUCAAUCUGAAUGCUCAUUAAAGAAACUGCACUUUUCCAUGUAUUAGCUUGAGGCCAGGAAUUUGGGAAAUAUGGUGGCUAUGUAGGUAAAUUUAGUGCCAGCUCUUUUACAGUGAUACAGAAAGAAGAUUAGAACUUACAAAUAUCUCUUAUUCGGUUGACUUCUUCCUAGACUGACUAACUUAAUACUGCAAAUUUACAUCAAGGCGUAAGUUAAACCUUGAGAAAAACUAUGAGAAAUCAAUUGCCCCUGUUUUUUUUUUUCCUCCUCCCUGUCUUCCCACAGGAAGCAUUCAUGCACCACACCCAAAUUCUGUACCUUUUUACCCUGGGAGGCAGGUGGGUUACUGCUGAGAGACCCUGGGUCAUUUCCCUCAGGCAUCACACUCCAUUCUGAGCCUGUGGGGGAUCAGGUCUUUGCAGCCUCACUAAGGAAGACAAAUACAGCCAUCUUCCACUGGGUGCCUGCUUGACACAGUCUCUACUUUCUCUCAGUAGAAGCUGAGUUAAUGUAGAGUUUGCAAAAUUGAAAAGCAAAAAUUAGCAAAGCAAAAACACCAGAAUGGGAAUAGGGAGUAGGGAUGGGGCAAGGGAAUUACUCUAGAGUUCUCUUGAGUAUUCCCAUUCCUUUUGACCUACGUAAGAAAAAAAUCUAGAUGUUCAAGUAGUAUGUACUCAUCAUAGUAAAAUGGGAAAAGUAUAAAAAUAUCUACCUGUAAUCCCAACAUUCAGAAAUAACACUAUUUUAGCUUAUAAGUUUAGAAUGAAUCAGGUAGACCUCAGUUGCCUUGGAGAAUGAAGACAGUCUGGACACCAUCUCGGUAAAGUUGUUAAUCCCUCGUUAGCAGUAACUCAUGUUAAGCUAUACCUCCUGGGAUUUAUUCUUUAGUUUUCUGCCCUCGAGUAUGUGUAUAAUUAAGCAUUACUUUGUACCUCUCAAAAGAACAUUUCAGCUUUGUGAUCUUUAUAACUUCCUGGUUUGGACCCUCCUGACCUCUUUAUGGAAUCAUCAUGUACUCGGGCAAACACACUAGUGUCUGACUGGAAAGCUCAGGGAUUUUCAUUUUACACUGUUCCCCAGGGGCUGUAGAGAUUGGAACCCCUUUUGCACAAAACAUUUUUGCUGAAGGAAAGUUGGCAUUUUUUGCUGGCUGCCUCCCUGUGGCUGUUGUCCUAAUAAGCAUGUGAAUUUCGAGUUCCUACCAGCUCUUAAUUGUAAACACAGUUCCUCACAGCUCUGCUUCUGGAACCAGGGGCUUGACCCAGGACAUGUUGGACAGGCAUCAUGUUUCCAGUGUCCCAACAACCCUAGAUGCCCUACAGGGUUCACAUUGUCUGCUGUCUGCAGAGACUGUAAGACAUUUUGACUUAGAAAGCCUAAAUUUCCCAUCCAGUUUAGGAUAUAGCACCAUCCUACUAAAAGUUAGUAAGUAGUUGAAAAUAAUUUAUAAGCUAUUUGUCUUUGGCAUGUGUACCUUGCCAGUUAGAAUACUGUUAGCGAUUUUAUUAAAAUUUAUUUGGAUCUCAAGCUACAAAAAAAUAUUGCUUUAUGUCUUGAUUGGAAGUGGUAAACAUGGAAAUUAAUACUAGAAUGGUGAAUUAGCCCUGGCAGAUGUGAUACCUGUAAAAAGCGUAAGUUUCCUGUCCUAUCUGCUGGUGCCAUGCCAUAGCUGCUGUCACAGCCCAUUCUGUUCUGCUCCCUUGAAGACAGUGGUGUAAGGGAGAGGCAGGGCCGACAAGGUUUGUGAAUGUGGCAGGCAGGGAAAGGGCAAUGUCUGGUCUCUGUGAGGAGAGAGAAGCAUGUGUGAGCCAGUCAGGGAUGCUGGCAAAGAGAGACUGGAGAUGAUCCUGGGUCAGGAGGCAGGCUGGUGACACUGGGGCUCAAGUUGGAGGAGGGGCAACAGGGGCACUGCAGGUUUCCUGACGUUUGCAGUGUGCACUGCUGUGGGGACUCAGACAGGAGAGGAUCCCAAAUCAGUCCAUUUCAUAGUCCUGGUGGGGGAGCGAGAGCUGGCUGGCAUGGUGGCUUAAAAUACACUGUGAAGGCUUCAGUUACCUGCCUAGAGUGGCUUAGCGCUUGUGAGAUGAUCGGUGAUAUCCAGCCUCUGACUGUUGUCAGUAGCACCACCUUUGUACACAUGGGAGGGGCUUGUGGUUAUUUUGUUCCUGCUCCUCAGGAGACACUGCUAAACAGAGGAACGAUUGGUUUCUCAUGUGUCUACUUCCUUAACAAUUUACAUUUGUUUUAAGAACAAUUCCUUUAAAAAAUAUUUCUUGUAGUUUGCUAUCUUUUUAUCUUUAGCUUCAUUUGUUUUCAUACGGUCACAGAUAAGUCUUGUGGACAUUUAAGGAUGAAAGCCCCACCUUGAGUCUAGAUGAUGUUCUCUUAUGUUUCAUGAUUCUGGCUAAACGUGUACCUCUAGCUUCUCUUACCUCAGUCCCAAAAGGGAAGUUCCACUGCCCCUUCCACUGCCCCUUGCUAGCAGAAUUACUUGGCAGUCACUGCAUAAAGGAAAACCUUUAAUAUUUUCUAAGUAAGUGUCUUGGGGAGCAAAGUUCUUGUCUUCUCAUGUAGCAGAGAUCAGCAGGCUUGUUCUGUGAAGGGCAGGGUAUUGUGUACUUUUUUACUCAGCUCUACUGGUGUCACGCAGAAGCAGCCAGGACAGUAGUACACAUAUGAGCGUGUCCGUGUUCUGGGAGAAUUUUAUUUACAAAACAGCUGUUGACCCUUGGUCUCAAGUUUGUAGAGUAGAGGGAUGACUGCCUGGGAGGCAGGAAGGGACUCAGACAGCUUCUGCAGUGAUCUUGUACUUCUAGAUGUUGUGUCCUCGUUCAUACAUGUGACAGCUGGACAAGAUGCUGGUGUGGGUCUCCACUCUGAGUCUCUAUGGAAUCCCACUGACUUUUGAUUAAGCUUAUCCUUGGCCAUUUAGUUGCUUAGGAGCCAGGACUCUUCUACAGACUGAAGAAUGCACAUAUCUGUAUUGUUUGCCAUUUUUCCCCCUCUCAAAAAUUGAAAGAGUGGUUCUUGAGUGAUGAGAAGAAGGUUGUGAACUUUCUUUGGAUAUUGGCUCCCAGGAGGAGGAAAUUUGCUUGGAUCUUAGACAUUCGCCCUGAGCUCAACUCUGCUGUGCUAGCAUGUCAUAGAGCUGCGAUUCCCAGGUCUGCAGGAUAAGAUCUGUGAGUUCUUACUGUUUCACAUUGCUUAGGACAGCAGUUCAGUCACUGCCCAGGAUCACUCCUCCUCAGAGAGGUUUCCGAUAGCACAGAAACCUUUUUAUCUUCAUGCUCUUCUUAUCUUCAUGUCUGGGUACACUGGACGGUUAUGAGGGCCUCACUAACUGUUUUGUUUACUUUUUUAAUGUGUAAAGCUUUGCAGUAGCUCAUAAAGUGUAAUUUAUUUUUCUACCAAGUGCACUAUUCACUGUGUUUCAGUUUUAUAUGACACUCAUUAGAAGCACUGCACUCAACUGUGAGUUGUUUGUACACUAGAUGUGACCCCACUCAAAUAAAACUUGUGAGCCACUUGUGGUUUUAUGAAUGUUU